GGAGGUACUGGAGACGUGGUGUUUUGGUUAAUGGACUAAAAUGGCAAACUGUGUCCACCAAACAAGUUUCUUUUUUCCCGCAGCUGAUUUGCGCUGAGAUUAAAAAUCACAGACGUUGUUUUACCAAAAACUGAAACAUCUGAGCCCCAAAAGUUACUGUUAAUGGCUGCAUGAUGAAAGCACAGUUGCAGAUAAUAGUUCUAUCAGCUAAGCUGAAAGAGAACAAGAAGAACUGGUUUGGGCCCAGUCCAUAUGUGGAGGUGGCUGUGGAUGGCCAGUCUAAAAAAACAGAGAAAUGCACCAACACACACAGUCCUAAAUGGAAACAACCUCUUACAGUGAUUGUUACACCCUUCAGCCAGUUAAUUUUUCGUGUCUGGAGUCAUCAGACACUGAAGGCAGACAUUUUGUUGGGAAUGGCAACUUUACAAGUCAGUGAGACGCUCAAGUCCAAUGACCUGAAGAUUUGUGAGGUGGUGCGCACUCUGCCACUGAGUGCAGACAGGGACAGCAAUGACGUGGUGGGUGAUCUGUCUGUGUGUUUGGAUGGAAUGCAGGUGGAUCCUGCAACCUUUGCUUCGGAGGAACAGAAAAACAAUGCUGUUCCGAAUGGAGAGUCCAGGCUGAAUGGGGAAGUGGCUGGCAGAUCGAGUCGAGACUCCUCUCCCUCCAGCGACAUUGCUGAUGAUCCUUUAUUGCCCAAUGGUCACGCUGUGGGAAGUCCAGGGUCUCCAUCUCCUUCAGCAGGGGCUCUGAGGCCACUGCGGCCACCUAGACCCCAGUGGCCACCCCCUGCUUCUCCCCAGAGACCCUCUUCCUCAGCAGUCUCCUCACCUGGCUCCACUCCAUCCCACGGAAGCAGUGGUCCAAGUCCAGAAACGUCGCCGCACAUGAGUGUGAACAGGGAGCCAGUGAACCAGGGCUCAAGCUCAACCUCAGGCUCAACCUCAGGCUCAGGUCAGGCCCUCGGGGUGAGCCCCUCUCUCCAUCGAGUGAGCCCCAUCAACACAGGCCCGCUUCCUCCUGGCUGGGAGCAGAGAGUGGAUCAGAAUGGUCGUAUAUACUUUGUGGAUCACAUUGAGAAGAGGACCACAUGGGAGAGACCAGAACCUUUGCCUCCUGGCUGGGAGCGGCGCGUGGACCCAAUGGGCCGUGUGUACUAUGUUGAUCACAUCAGCCGCACCACCACGUGGCAGAGACCCACGGCAGAGUCGGUCAGGAACUAUGAGGAGUGGCAGAACCAGCGCAGCCAGCUGCAAGGAGCCAUGCACCUGUUCAACCAGAGAUUCAUCUACGGGCUCCAGGAUCACCUAGCACCAACUGCUAAUAAAGAGUUUGAUCCAUUGGGACCAUUACCUCAGGGAUGGGAGAAGCGGACCGACAGUAAUGGGAGAAUGUACUUUGUUCAUCAUCCUACAAGAACAACACAAUGGGAGGAUCCUUGCACUCAGGGCUUGCUGAAUGAGAAGCCUUUGCCUGAAGGUUGGGAGAUGAGGUUUACUGUGGAUGGAAUUCCAUACUUCGUUGACCACAACAGGAGAUCAACCACCUACAUUGACCCCCGCACUGGCAAAUCUUCACUUGAGAAUGGCCCUCAGAUUACUUAUGUGCGAGACUUCAAAGCCAAAGUUCACUAUUUCCGCUUCUGGUGUCAGCAACUAUCAAAGCCUCAGCAUAUCAAAAUCCAUGUCAAUCGCAAGACACUGUUUGAGGACUCCUUUCAGCAGAUCAUGAGCUUCCACCCACAAGAUUUGAGACGGAGACUAUGGGUCAUCUUUCCAGGAGAGGAGGGGCUAGACUAUGGAGGAGUGGCCAGGGAAUGGUUUUUCCUAUUGUCUCAUGAAGUGUUGAACCCAAUGUACUGUCUUUUUGAGUAUGCGGGCAAAGACAACUACUGUCUGCAGAUCAACCCAGCCUCCUCCAUCAAUCCAGACCAUUUGAAGUACUUCAAGUUUAUUGGACGAUUCAUUGCCAUGGCUCUGUUUCACGGGAAGUUCAUAGAUACUGGCUUCUCUCUACCCUUCUAUAAACGAAUCCUAAGCAAGCCAUUGUCUCUGAAAGACCUGGAGUCCAUUGACCCAGAGUUCUACAACUCCCUCAUCUGGAUCAAGGAAAAUAACUUGGAGGAGUGUGGGCUGGAGAUGUAUUUCUCUGUGGACAAGGAGAUCUUGGGUGAAGUCACUACUCAUGAGUUGAAGCCAGAUGGAGGGAACAUUCUGGUAACUGAGGAAAAUAAGGAGGAAUAUAUCAGACUGGUGGCAGAAUGGAGACUAUCCAGAGGAGUUGAGGAGCAGACUCAAGCUUUCUUUGAAGGUUUUAACGAAGUCUUGCCCCAGCAGUACCUGCAGUACUUCGAUGCCAAAGAGCUAGAGGUGAUGCUGUGUGGGAUGCAGGAGAUUGACCUUGCAGACUGGCAGAGGAACACCAUCUACAGACAUUACACUCGCAGCAGCAAGCAGAUCGUCUGGUUCUGGCAGUUUGUGAAGGAGAUGGAUAAUGAGAAGAGGAUGCGUCUGCUGCAGUUUGUGACCGGCACCUGCAGACUUCCUGUCGGAGGGUUCACUGACCUCAUGGGUAGCAACGGGCCUCAGAAGUUCUGUAUUGAGAAGGUGGGGAAAGAGAACUGGCUUCCCAGGAGCCACACAUGCUUUAACCGUUUGGAUCUACCCCCUUACAAGAGUUACGAGCAGCUUAAAGAAAAGCUGAUGUUCGCAAUUGAGGAGACGGAGGGCUUCGGCCAAGAGUGAUGUACACACAUACAUACACACAUACAUACACACAUGCUUGGCACAGGCUACUGUUAUUAGCACAUCUCCUUGGCAGCAGAGUUUACAUGCCAGUCUUGCCUAUGAGAAUGCUGCUAGUUGCUGAAGGAGCGAGUGAAGUUUACGAGUGAGAGAGGAGAAAAGUUUGAGAGCACUGUCCCUUCUUCCUUUUGCCUAGGCUCACGUUUAGCCCCUUCUUCCCAACACGCCACUCAGAGUUUCCCUCCUACUGGUGGUCAUGCUGCCUUAGUUGGUAAUCUAUGCACCAGAAUGGCCAGGCUUGAUGAACUGAAUCCUAAGACACACAUGGGCUAUGCACACUACUCCCUGGUUUGCUGGAUUCACUGUAGUUUUUAAACUGUUCGCUCCUUUCUGACUAACCUUGCACCUUGAACAUGCGUCAUUUCCCGUUGCUCCUUUACCGGUCUAGCAGAACAUGGAGUAGAAACCCUUCUGUGUAAGAUUGUGCAUUGUCUGUGUUUGGUAGAGCUCUGUAGAUACAGUGAGGUAGCUCUGUCCACCAAGGUGUAGGAUGACCGAAUGUGACCAGAAUUUCAAUUCUACUUAGGAUGUAAACCCCUUAUAAAGCACUUUGAGAGAGGAGUUCAGUGUUUGGGAUGAUAGAAUAAUUGAUACUUAGAACAUUGAAGGAGUUGGAUUACUAAUGAUUACUCUCUUCAUGAUGCUUAAAAAUAACUUGAUUUCUCUGUGACUGGAAAUAAUUUUCCCAUUAGUGAAAGUGGGGAAUCAGAUUCUUAAUGCAAGUCAGUCGAUUGCUUUUGGAAAACAAAAAAUGCCAAAGAGGGGAAGUCAGGGUGUACUGGUGCGAUUGACCAAUGUCACGAAUAGUGUGGACAUCCCAAACAUCUCUGUGAGAAGAUUCCAAAAUGGGUCUUCUCAAACUUAAAUACAAGGCAGUACAUGCCAUUAAGGCAAAAGGAGUGAUGCUGCUGGAGGUUAUUAUUACCAUAUUAGCAUAGAAACACCUCCCCAGUCUAUGGGAGCACCUUAAAUGAAUUUAAGAAGAGUACCUUCUUUAGACAGGCAGGAUGCUUAUUCAGGUUAGUAAAUGUUCUGAAGUGAGCCAGUUUUCUUUUGAUCAGAAUCUGACCAUGCACUUGUCACUUUGAGAUUAAGGCUAGUUAGCGUGUCUGAGCAGUUUUAGAUAACUACAAAACUGUGAUGAAAAGCUCUGUCCCUUUAAAGCCCAUAUUAUGCUUUCAUUUAGGAAAGAGUGGUUGGAUAAAAUCACCUAUAAUAGCAUGGAGGGGAUUUUAACUUGACCUUAGUGAACUGAUGGAGCAUUUUAAGUCUUUUACUGCUGAAAGGUGCUUUUCUGUUUCUUUCUUUUUUUUUUUUUUUUUUUUUUUUUUUUUUUUUUUUUUUUUUAGGAGAAUUAUGUAGUGGUGUUAAGGCAUUUCCUUAACUCUGAGCUAUUUCUGUUGCUUUGGAAUUAGGCUUGUUCUGGGAAAUGCAGUGUAUGUUGUAUGUGUAAACUGUUAUGUAGAAUUUUAAAGACAUCACUCUUGAACACUCUAAACACAGUUUUACAGAGCAUAGUAAAAUGUGUCUUCAGUGGAUUCAUUGGAGGAGGAUCCUUCCAUAUUUGACAAACACAUUGUUUCCACAUUAUAGUAAAGCUUGUGUAGCACUGGCUCCAAAACCCCCUAAGGAGAACGAAUAGGAAGAUUUUCCAUUUAUGAAAACUCUUGAAUAUGUAAUUCAGCUUGAUUCCUUAAAACAUAGGCCUUUGUGGUUAAUGUGUGAGUUGUAAUACUUUUUUUUUUUCUCAAUUGAAUUUUCCUAUAAAAUAUUGUCUAUUUCUGAGAUUCUUAGCUCAAAUAUGUGAGCACAAUGGUAACACUAUAAAAUGUGAUACUGUUCCAAUAUCUUGUGUCUUUGAUGAAACUGAUAAAUGACUGAACAGUUCAGCAAUAUGUACUUACUGUGCUGCGUACCACAUUAAUACAUCUUGUAUCAAUAAGAUGAAAAAUCAUAUGAUGCUGUGACAUUUUGAGUCAAAUGGACUUAAACUUUGGACAUUAAACAGCUGUACAAUUGUAUUUCAUUCUGUAUGUGACAGCGGAUGUAGUUUGCAAAAGCAGUAGUACUAGUUUAAAAAGACCUGUUGGUUCUGACAACCAUUGUAUGUUUUGAGAAUAGUCCUUACUUUAAAGAAGUGUGUGAAAUUAAUUAAGAGAAACCGCUCAAUGCACAAGAAACUUUCCAGUGUACUGGUUACUUUUAGUUGUCUUCGAUUUGACUCCCUUUCCCAAACAGCAAAUAUACAUAUCAACAUUGACAGUCGACUGUGACAUGAUAUUGAUAAUGCUGCCCUGAGCUUUAUGACUAAGUUGAAUUGAUUGACGCAUUGUGAUGAAACAUGAUGUGCCUGACUUCCUGUGCUGACGUCUAAUGCUUGCCGCCUUCCCCACUGCAGCAUGUUAUCUCAAGGCACUUUUGUCAGAAAAAAAUGAUGUAAUAAUUAGAAAUGGACAACAACUUCUCAGAGUUCCAGUUACCCCUCCCAGUCAAUUUAAUCAUGUCUUAAAACUAUUUGUAGGAAUGAACAUGUAAGCAAAGGUGUCGGUUUCACCUCUUUAUUUUCUUAUCUAACAAAUGCAUUGUAAAUCAUAACAGUGAGCUUAUAAUGUCUUUUAAAAAAAGUGGGAUUUAAUGUUUUGACUGAAUUUUAUUUUUCUUAUGUGGAUGUGUACAGUUAGAUGAUUCUUGUCAAGAUUCUCAAUUGAACUGAAGAAAUAAAGAUAUAAUGCAUCAA